UACGAUCUCUGUUCGAAAUGUCAAUGAUGUUGUUUCAAAGGAAAAGAAAAACAUCUUGGUCACAAAUGUCAAUAUUGCAAAAAUCAACAAAUCGAGGUUUUAAGCACUUUUCACCGCGAAAAUAAAUAAACUGAGUUGGAGUUCUUGUGGGACAGCUUAAAAGUGGCUACAUACAGAGCUACUUCUGUAUACACCUGCUGAGCAAACCUCAACAAAAAAGCUAAUUUAUAAUGGAAAAAUAUAAGCCUAUGUCAUGGUAUAUUGGAACGGAGUGGUCAAUGCCACGCAGGGGUUUGCGCAAACAAGUGCUUUCCCUCGAAAAUUUCAAAUAUCUGGAUAAACCCCAUUUGGUAUCAAAGGUUGUCAUAAAAGUCGAAGAUGUACGCAAUCUGAAUGGACGUAAAAGCCAAUACCUAGUAGACGAGGCGCUUGGCCAAGAGCAGCUACUUGAAAUGGGCACCGCACUUACGCCAGUUGACUGCUAUGUUGAAUUGCUUGUGCGCCAGCUAGUGAUGGGUGAACGUGCACGUUGCUUCAUUGCCACAAAACGUGAGGAAAUAAGUUUUGUUUUAACACUUAUAAGCAUAGAAGAAUCAAAAGAAAUACAGAAAUUAAAUGUGCCAGAAAUGUAUGCGCUAGCGUUGCGAUACAAGGAAAAUGGUGUGAUAAUGUUCAAGGAAUAUCCACUCUUUGCACACGAAUAUUUUGUACGCGCCGCUAAGUGCUUGAUCUCUUAUAAGCCCCACGAAGGGUUGACAGUUAGUGCAGAUGGCAUGUCAGGUGAAGAUAUGCAGAAGUUAUUCACACAAGUACAAACAAAUCUGGCGGCUUGCUUGUUGAAUCAAAAGCGCUACGAAGAUGUACUAUAUCAGACAAAAUGUGUCGAAGAACAGCCAGAUGCAACAGAAAAAAGUAUUUACAGACGAGCAACGGCAUUUUACCAUCUUAAAGAAUUUGAGAAAGCAAAACAAACGAUCGAACGUGUACCAAAUUAUCAAGAGAAAAAGGAUUUCGCUAAACUACUUCAACGCAUACAGGAAAGUUGGAAAUCUAGUAACGAGCUCUAUAAGAAUUUAGUACAGCGUAUGUUUAGCUAAACUCCUUUAAAAUUGUUGAAAUUCAGAAAAGCAUUUGUUAAAAAUUCGGUAGAAUUAAGUGAUAUUUAUGGAGUUCAUGAGACGUCGAAAGCGCCGUUAAGUUUUAAAGU